GCAGACGCGUCUGGCUCUGCCUCUCUGUGCCGAGCGCUGGCGAUCGGAGUCACCCGGCCUUGUUCUGAGGCUGGGCACCAAGCUCCUGUCGCUGGCUACACUGAGAGUGCUCCCAAAUUCAAACCCAGAUCCUUCUGCCAGGCAGAAGCACGGGUUCAAAGAUGGAGUUUACUGGAAAAGGAAAAACCUCUGAAGGAAAAGGCCUGUCUGGCGACCCGCUUGCCAAGAGGUUUUCCCUGGCCAGUCCCUCUAUGCUCCAUCCCUCCAAGCCAUUGCCUCCCAUCCAGAAGAGCAAUCCUUCUACCAAGCCAAGCCUGAUAUGCAGCAGAGAGCAGGAGAAUGGGAAAGAUGGCAUUGGGUAUGCUGAGGGCAGGAGAAAAGAAGAGGAGCUGAGUUCAGAGGGACAAGGACAUAAGGCUUCCUUGCUGUGUUCCAGUGGAGGGGAUAUGAAGAAGGGGUUAUUGGGACCACCUCUGAUCCCCCCCAUAGGCAAGGCAGUAAGUCCCUCUCUUGGCAGUGCUGUGGGCUCUCUGCAAAGCUCUCUGCAGCUGGAAUUCCAGGAGUCCCAGGAGAUGAGGUCAGGAUGCAGCAGCAGAAGCAAGGAGGAGAACUCUGAACAUGCAGGCAUGACUAGGUUCAUUUUCUCCACGUCUUUCCGGCCAUGUCCCUCUUCGCUCCUUCCCUCAAAGCCAUUGCCUCCCAUCAGGAUCAGCUCUCCUUCUUCUAACAAUAAUAAAAUGUACAGCAUGGAGAAAGAGAACAAGGACAUUGGCACUGGCUAUGAUAAUGACAGUAGAAAACACCAGGAGCAGAGUUCAGAAGAAAAAUGUUAUAAGGCUUCCUUGCUGUAUUCCAGUGGAGGGGAUAUGAAGAAGGGGUUAUUGGGACCACCUCUGAUCCCCCCCAUAGGCAAGGCAGUAAGUCCCUCUCUUGGCAGUGCUGUGGGCUCUCUGCAAAGCUCUCCGCAGCUGGAAUCCCAGGAGUCCCAGGAGAUGAGGCCAAGAUCCAGCAGCAGAAGCAAGGAGGAGAACUCUGAACAUGCAGUGACCUCGCAGACGGCCACUGGUGCCCCGCGCCGAGAGGAGCCGCUCCGUGGGCAUGGGCAGAAGGACAGAGCCUCUCCAGACCCACAGCACUCCUUGCUGGAGGCACUCUCCUUGCUCGGCAGCGAUGACUGGGAGAUGAAGGAGAAGGGACUCUUCAACAUCAAACACCUGGCUGGGUCCCAUUCAGAGGUCCUGCUGUGUAGACUUCAUGACGUUUGCUUGGCAGUUACCAGCAAGGUGGCCAACCUCCGUUCCAAGGUGUCCUACUCUGCAAUUGUCACUCUGGGAGAGCUCUUUGUGACCUUGAAGAAGAACAUGGACUCUGAGGUAGAUGAGGUUGCUCGGGUCCUUCUGCAGAUGGUGUCCAACUCCCCAGAAUUUGUUCAGAAAGCAGCCAGUCAGACCCUGGGGAUCAUGGUGGAGAAUGUGACUCCUGCACGAGCAAUGACUGCUCUCAUGGACAUGGGAGUCAAGAGCCGCCACGCCCAGGUGCGGAAGUGUGGGGCCGAGCUCCUCCUGUCCCUGAUGGAGAGAAUUGGAGUCACAAAGCUGGCAGGCACAGCCAGGGCUGAGAGGCUGGCACACGUGGCAGGGAAGCUUGCUCAGGACUGUCACCAGGACACAAGGCAUUAUGGACAGGAGAUGGUGAAGAUGUUGCUCAAUCAUCAAAAAUUUAAAAUGCUUUUGGAACGAUCUCUUUCCACCUGUGACCUGGAGGAUAUUCUGACAAGAAUGAAGAAGAAAGGGAUGGAAAACCAGAAGGCUGAAUACCCAUCUGUCAAGGAGCUGGUGAAGAAGAGGAACGAUGGCUCCAAGAAGCCCCAGGCCACAUUGUCUUCUAGCAAACGAGUGAAAUCUACCUCUGAUGGAUGCCUCCUACACCGUGCACAAGCCCAGGUCACGUUACCUCCGGCUGAGGAAGAAACGGAGCUGCUCCAGAAGCUUUACAAUCUCCUGGAGGCCAAGGGGUUUCAGACGCGCAUGGAAGGAGUGUCACUCCUCCAAGACCUGUGCAAAACUAGCCCCCAGCUCAUCUCCACUAACAUUGUCCAAAUUUUUUGAAUAUUUUGUCCUGAGAAUAUCUGACAGCCACAAGAAAGUGAAGCAGAAGGCGCUGGAUGUGCUGGCAGAAAUCACAGGCGUCCUGAAAGAUGCCUUGAACCCGGUGAUCAUUGGUUUGGUGGAAGGAAUAACGAAGAACCUGAACUCCAAGGACCCCAGGGUUCGUGCCGCAGCUGUGAAAGCGCUGGAAGAAUCCAUUGCUCAUUUAGAUAAAGUGUCACUGCUGAAGGAGUUCAGCUACCAGUGGAAUCACCUGAGUGGCCAAGCUCUGCUGGAUGUCACGGAGUGUAUCACAGGUAUGGCCUCCCCUUCUAGGCCAAGAGGUCUUCCCAGGGAGUAUUUACAGGCAAUGCCUGUGAACAGACAGCAGAGUAGCUCCUCCAAACCAGGAGGUGCUGAGCUUGUCCCUCCUGCCCAGUGCCCAAGGCAGGUGUAUUUGGCAGGUUUCCCUGGCUGCUGCAGAGCUGUGCAGCACCUGAGAUGGGGGCAGAGCUCGGCCUCGGGGCUGAGCUCCCACUGGGGCAUCUCAGAACCCAGCUCCAGGAAAGGGAGGGGCUCAAAAUACCCCAGCUGGCUCCUCUCUUGGAAGCUCAGGGACAUCUGUCAUCUUUUCGGGAAAAUGGUGGCAAAUGCUGUUUCAGGGGACCAGUUUGUUUUGUCCUCACAGAACUCUUGUUUUUCUCUUGGAAAGCUUUGAGGCUGAACUGUGCAGAGCCUGGGGUCACAGCUUAGGUCAAAACUCAACAGACGUAUUAGAGGCAGGGAUUUAGUGCAAGGCAGCCUUUGGGGGCAGAGGGGCAGAAGCAGAGUGCUGAGGCUCCCUGCCUGUGCUGCCAAAGUGGCACUGGACUGAGCAUUUCAGGGUGUGCAAACACUGUCUGCCUGUGUCAGCACUGUCCCAAAUGUUACAAAUGCAGCUGAUAAUUGAUUCCUCAGAGGUGCUUGCUAUGUCAGCAAUAGCCAAGGAAUGGGAAAAUUAUAAUCCCAAUAUAUAGUAGAACAGACUAUUGAUAGCCUUGCUUUAACUGGGGCUAAAGCCACUGCUAAUUAGGCCAACAUCUUUGAAUGCAAGGUUUAAUACACUUUGUGUCUUCAUUGGGAAUCUCAAAAGGGCAUGUUCAGCAAUUGGGAAUGUCAAAGGCCCUUUAAAGAGCUUUGAAAAAAGUAGAUCUCCAGCAACAGGGAAUUUAGUUUUACAGAUCUUUUGAUCUCUUUUUCAAAUAAAGGAAUGAAACAUAAAUUAGGACUACUUUAGAAAAAGUAGAUGUUCUCUCUGAGAUUCAGUAGGAAGAGACAGCUGUUCCUUACCUUCAAUAGUCACCAAUGUCUUUAAUUGUAUUUAAACUCAAAUGAAUUCCCAUGUUAAAAUGGGUAUCAUAACCCUUUUCCUGCUUAGCACAAUUGGGGUUUGGGUACUUUCAGGAGCUGUUUUAAUAUUGAUGACUGCCAGUGGAUUAAAAGCAUAGAGAAAAUGAAGUCUCUUCCACCACAGAAUAAUAAAUGGCUACUAGAUAACAUUUUGCCUGAUCAGAAAAUAAGAAUGGUCUCCAGAGCUUUUCAGGAUUUGAUCUUUCAGCCAAAUCUGCCAUGCAAGGAGCCUGUUGGUAGUAAAUUUUUGUCUGUGUUUGACAUAGUUUGGUUCAGAAAAUGAGCAGAGAGCAGUUUUCAGAGACAAUAUGAGAAAAUACUUGUGUUUUGGAUGAAUUUCAGUCCCUUGUGUAGCAUUUUGCUCUCUCUAUGCCCCUAGUUCAGUGGACAUUAUAAGAAAAAAUGCCAUUAAGAAUGGGAGGGGAAAUGGCAUUAAAAUGUGGAGAUGCUCAAAUGCCAUAGCAAUGGGGUCUGGAUAAUUCUCUAAGGCACCCUGAGGUUUGAAACAGCUGCUUGUUGGAAGCCCCAGAAGCAUUCUGCCAAAGACACCAGCUAGUCACUGAUGUUUCCAAUCCAACUGUCAAGCAGCAGCCAUCUCUGGUAGGCUGGAAUUUUGAGGUGUGUUCUAAUCCUGCCCUUUGCAGUGUGCCACUGAGCAAAGGGAAGAGCCAGAUUAAACAUGUGGCACUUGACAUCAAAGUUAUGAAAAUGGAAUCAUCCCUUUUAUUAGAAAUCCCUCCAUUUCUUCUCUAUGGUGCAUUUCCAAAUCUUCAGUGUGGGUUUAGACAACUUCUUAAUGGAAAUAAAAAGCAACUGGACAUUUCAUUCAUUGCUCAUGCAGAAAGUGAUUGUGCAAUAAUUUAGUAAAGGUACAAAGUCUGCCACAGGGACAAGGCUGUGGUUGGAGAAAUUAGUCCUGAGGGGUUGGUGGUUCUGUUUCCAGGAUGAUCAGCUGCUUUGCCCGUUUGUGGAUCAUGGGGCUCUGUGCUAUUUUGCUGAUCUUAGCCAGAAGGCUUCCAGUUAGCAAAAGCAGAGGUAGAUCCCUGUUUGCAUUGAGGCUGGUGGUUGAGAAGCUGUGUCUCUCUCCCGGCAGUGCUUGUGGAGUGGGUUUAUGCCAGGAGCCCUGAAGUGGUCCAGCACGACGCCCUGCCCGUGCUCUGGUCCUUCCUGGAGAACAAGGCGCUGCCGGUGCGAAGCGCCAAUGUCCGCACUGUGGCCACCAAGCUUGCCUCUGCCCUCCACAAGGUGAUGGGCACCAAGCUGAAGAGAUGUGCUGCCAGCCAACCUCCACAUGUGCGGGAAAACCUCUCCAAAAUGUUGGGCUGGUGAAGGCAUGAUGUUCUCCAGAGAGAUGACAACGUGCUGAGUUGGACACCUCCAGAUCUGCCUUGUUAGCUGUGCCAAAAGAGACCAAAUGCUAAGGAAGGGUGUGCACCUGCCCCCUCUCUCUCCAUCGCCCUUCCUAGUCAUGGCAUGGGGGGCCUGAAGCAACUCCAGACUGAGGACAAGGUGAAGGCUGAUCAUGGCUCAGCCUCACACAGAGAUCGGACUGGUUACAGUCUUACUGAGAAGGUUCCUCUGGACAAUUCCCAUGGUGCCUUACCCACAAAGUCCUUGCCUGCUGUACAGAAGAGCUCUCUUUUCUCCAAGUUCAGGAAGAAGCUGCUGCCUGUAUGAAUAUUGUUUGAAGAAUAGGAUUUAUAUGUUAGGUUUUGUAGUAGAUGUACAUAUGUUCUGAUCCUUAGAUGUAGUUUUGAAUAAAUGUGUUUUGAUUGUACCUUUAAA